UCUAAAGACGUGAAAUGAUUCUCCUAAAUUCAAACGGAACUUUGCUCAACCUUCAUUCACUGUCUGACAUGGACGAUUGUUAAUAAGGAUGUAGAGCGCCCUCAAUGGGCACUCGACGGAACCAUCGUCAAUUUAGAAGAGUAUUCUGCAGACUGCAAAUAUAAAUACGAUGAGCAUCUAUGUAAAGUCAGCUCGUUGACAUUUUAGCACAUAUGGGAGAAAAGUAGAAUGGUACAACGACUAGUAAAAAAACCUCAAACAAUCAAAGGUUAAAACAAGCUAAUGCUAACGUUUUUUAACGGCCGGUGUUCGUAGCUAGCCGUUGGCAUAGUUUUCCACAUCAAAGCUUCGAAAAGGCGUCGCGUGAGCAUCCACAAUAUUCCCAUUUUCAUUUUUCAAAAUCAUGAAUACGAUCCGAAUCGGAUUUCAAAAUGCAAAAGGGUUGCCAAACGCAACAAAAGCCUUCAAACGAGUGCCAGCUCUACAACGACCCCAGGUUCGCUGCUACCUUCCCGGGUGAUGAGGGCACAGCCGGGCGAUGACAGAACCGUCCCAACCGGACCAACCUCAAGCUGAUUCACCAGGAGCAGUGGCUAUACGCUGAGCCCCUCCCGGAUGACCAAACUUCGCACCCUAUCUCUGAGUAGGUGCAGUAGAUCCCCAGAAAACCAACAAGACCCAGAAUCCAAGAUACACAACUCACAAGACCUGUCAUGGGUGUGUCUGGCCUCGACCCGGUGUACUCUGUCAACAAUGAGCAGCAGAUGGGUGCUUCGCUGGAGAUUGUGGUGCCCAAGGACAUGGCGGAUGGCUUUGUGAACAACAAAAGGGAGUGCUUCAGUUUCAGGUUUCAAAAAGUGUUUGACCAAGCAACCAAACAAGAAGAAAUAUUCGAACAUGUCGCAAAACCAGUUGCAGACAGUGUAUUGGCUGGCUACAAUGGCACCAUCUUUGCAUAUGGUCAAACGGGCAGCGGGAAGACAUUUACCAUCACAGGAGGAGCAGAGCGCUACAGUGAUCGUGGCAUUAUUCCCCGCACACUUUCGUACCUCUAUGAGCGCUUCGCUCAGGACAGCAGUACAGUGUAUAGUACCCACAUAUCGUAUUUGGAGAUUUACAAUGAAAUGGGUUAUGACCUCCUGGAUUCCAGACAUGAAGCAUCUCGACUGGAGGACCUACCAAAAGUAAUUAUUAUGGAAGAUACUGAGCAGAACAUCCAUCUUCGGAACCUUUCUUUGCAGCAGUCUGCAAAUGAAGAGGAGGCUCUCAAUCUGCUGUUCUUGGGUGAUACCAAUCGCAUGAUUGCAGAAACACCCACGAACCAGGCUUCAACACGGUCCCACUGUAUUUUUACCGUGCACAUGUGUCGACGUGAGCCUGGCUCUGCUAUGUUGCAGCGCUCUAAGCUCCACCUGGUGGACCUGGCCGGGUCGGAUCGAGUCAGCAAGACCGGCUUGAAUGGGCAGUUGCUCACGGAGGCCAAAUACAUCAACCUUUCCCUCCAUUAUUUAGAACAGGUUAUCAUCGCUCUGUCAGAGCGGAGUCGCUGCCAUAUUCCAUACAGGAAUUCUAUGCUGACAUCUGUGCUGAGGGAUAGCCUUGGAGGCAACUGCAAGACCAUUAUGAUUGCCACUAUGGCAGUUGACAAGACGAACAUAAAUGAGUCCAUCUCUACGUGUCGCUUUGCCCAGCGGGUGGCCAUUAUCAAGAAUGAAGCAAUAUUGAAUGAGGAACUUGAUCCUGCCGUGUUGAUUGCGCGCCUGAAGCAGGAGGUUCAAUGUCUGAAGGAGGAGCUGACCUUGCUGACAGGAGAGGAAAGAGAUGACCAGCUAAGUGUGGAGGAGAUGACCAAGUUGCAAGAGUCAGUCAACACCUUUCUAGACGAUCCAGGUCCAGACGUGACACUGACUUUAGGACCAGACAUGCGAAAAAUCCAGUACUGUUUUUGCCUGCUUAAGAGAAUGAUUCUGGGCAAUCAAAAUGGAAACAGCAGUAACCAUGAUCUACAGGAGUCACCAGCAGCCAUACCAGAGGAAAAAGACAUUAAGGAGCGCCACUGUGCAGAAGAAGUCAUCAAACUAAAGGAGUUGCUGGAGCAACGUGAUCAUGAAAUCCGUAUCCUGGUUAAGAUUUUGAAGAAGGAGAAAGAAAGGGCCAAUGACACAGCAAAGCAGGUCACAAGUAUUUCCAGUGGACGGAAGCCUGCAGCCGAGAGUGAUUCUAUUUGGUCAGCAAAGCGACAACAAAAAGUGGGAAACAAUGAAUUUACCUCAACUGGUCAUGGAGGACGAGCUGCGCACUACAUGCAAAGAGGACCACAGCUCUCAGUAGGAAAGCAAGAGGCCUUUGAUACCUUUGUCACAGACCAUAAGGAUUGUCACAUCAUUGAAGACAACAAGAGUCUGCUCAAACAGAGGACAGCAGAAGCCAGACAACUUGGGGAGCAACUUCAUGACGCCAAACAAAAAAUCAAUGAGUUUAAGAAGCAGUUGGAAGUGCGUCGAAGACAGAGAGCCGCUUUUGGUGUGAUUGGAAAUGACGACGUUGGGGGGGAGGUGGAUCCAGUGGAGGAAAACCUACGUGAACACAUUGAGCAAGAAAAAAAGAUCUACAAGAGCACCGCUUGCCACUUGAAAGUAUUGAGGACCGAGAUUGAACACCUGCAGCUGUUACUGGAAAGGGCCAAGGUCAAACUCCACAAGGACUUCCAAAGGUGGUGGAAUGAGGAGACUUCCAACGUGCAGGACUCAAAAGAUGAAACAAGAAGUCAGACCAGAUCCCUGUGUGGAACCUUGCCGCCAUCCUCGCCUGGUACUCCAGGUUUUGAAUCCAUGCAGGCAAUAUCUGGUCUGAACGCCACUGUAAGACCUCAUCCAGCAGAUGGAGACUGUUCAAGUUCUUCGCGUCAGGACUUUCGAACCCUCCUUCCCAAGCUGGCGUGGGCCAAUACUCUGCGAGAGGACCAGAGACCUGACCUCACUUCUUCAUCAGAGUGGAGAACCCUUUCCAAGUCUACUCUCUCGCCGUCUUCUAUCCCCCUGACUGGAGACCAGCAGGCUGAUGCAGACAUCUUGGCCUUCAUCAGAGCCCGACAAAACCUCCUCAACAGGACUGGUAUCACACGUGCUCUUCAGAAAUAACAUCAACCCAUGAGGCCUCGACUUAUCCUUCGUGCAGGAAAACAGAAUGGACAUUAUGGACACUUGAUGUUGGAGACACGAGAAAACGAAGAUCACAUGUGGAACUUAAACAUGCUAGUAUGAAGAAAAUGGUUGUGUGCCAACACGCGUCUCUCUAGCGUCACUGCCAGUGUACUUCUACUGUGCAGUAGCAGAGCCCCUGUUGGCCAUUUGAUCUGAACAAAUGUUGUUUCAAGAUGUGAGAGGGGGCACAACAAGAGGAAGCCUGUUGGCGCCAAUGUCAUGAGUUGGAACUUCUUCACAUACAUGAAUUAUAUCAGAUGUAAAAAGAUGUGGCGUAAAAAUGCACAGUUUUGAUUGAAUGAAUAUUACCUUUUUUCAUGGUCAACUGGGAUAGUCUCCAGGCCACCAGCCCUCCAAAUGUAUAUUAAGAUAUCAUAAAUAUGUCAAAAUACAACGUGUUUAAUUAAUACGCAUCAGCUAUUUUUAAAAUUUUUCAAAAAUUACGAUUAUUGAUUGAGCUGGCAGCACGGUGAAUCAGCUGGUAAAGCGUUGGCCUCACAGUUCUGAGGAUCCGGUUUCAAUCCCGGCCCCACCUGUGUGGAGUUUGCAUGUUCUCCCUGUGCCUGCGUGGGUUUUCUCUGAGCACUCCGGUUUCCUCCCACAUUCCAAAAAACAUGCAACAUUAAUUGGACACUCUAAAUUGCCCCUAGGUGUGAUUGUGAGUGUGGCUGUUUGUCUCAAUGUGCCCUGCGAUUGGCUGGCAACCAGUUCAGGGUGUACCCCGCCUCCUGCCCGUUGACAGCUGGAAUAGGCUCCAGCACUCCCCGUGACCCUCAUGAGGAUAAACGGCAAAAGAAAAUGGAUGGAUGGUUUGAUGAUUGAGCUCUUGUAUCUGGAUCUCAGUCGAUUAUAUAAAUCAUAUAAAUUGUCAUCAUGAAUAUUGUUCGUUAAUCGUUUGACAUGCAAACCCCAAUUCCAAUGUAGUUGGGGGAUUGGGGAUUGUGUAAAAUUUAAAUAAAAACAGAAUACUGUACAUACCUCCAUCCACUUCCUCAAAUGCUCAUCCUCACUAGGGUCGCAGGUGUGCUGGCAGCUAUUUAAAAUGACUUUGAGCUCAAGGCGUGGUACGCCAUGAACUUGUCGGCAGCCAAUCAGAAGGUAUAUCUGGACAACCAGCCAUUUGCACCUACGGACAAUAUAUAGUCUUCAUAUAACCUAUCGUACAUGUUUUUGGAUUGUGGAAGAAAACCACAGUAAAACACAGAAGUCUGAUUUGAACCCAGAACCUCAGAUUAGUGAGGAAGAUGUACUAACAGUUACUGUGCCGCCAAAAAAAAAGGCUGUUUCAAAGCUCCUGACUGAUUCCCUGCCUCUGUCAGCAUAUAUAGGUCAUCAAAAUUGAGGCAUCCAACCUCCUCAGAGCCAUUGCAGCACAACCACCACCAAAAAGAGAGCACGCAAUGACGUGGGAACGAACUGUUUGCGUGGCUUUGCAUUGAUUUGUUUGACAGAUGACAAGCAGCUGCACAAUUUGCAUCAAGCCGUCUGAGUUGCCUUGGAGUCUUCUUGGAUGACAGCAGUCAUGACAGCUGUUAUUGAAUCGGGUGGCUUUCUUCAUGUUUGUGUGCUUUGA